AUGACUUCAUUCAAACAAGUACCUUUAACAUGUGGUGGCCACACAAGACCAGUCGUGCAUUUGGACUUUAGUGAUGUAACAAAAGACGGAUAUUUUUUGAUUUCGGCUUGCAAAGAUGGCAAACCUAUGUUAAGGCAAGGUGAAACUGGUGACUGGAUAGGUACAUUUGAGGGUCAUAAAGGUGCUGUGUGGGGUGUGGCUUUAACUCAAAAUGGAAACCUAGCUGCAAGUGGAGCAGCAGACUUUUCAGCAAAACUUUGGGAUGCACGUUUUGGUGAAGUUUUGCAAACAUUUGACCAUGAGCACAUAGUAAAAAGUGUUAACUUCAAUGCAGAAGACACUCUCUUACUUACAGCGAGUAAUGAAAAGCUUAUAAGGGUUUAUGAUCUUAAUAAGCCUGAAGUUGGCGCUCUAGAAAAAAUCAGCGCACACACGAGUAGUAUCAGGCAUGCUGUUUUCCUGCACAAUUCACGCAUUGUAAGCGUUAGUGAUGACCUUACUUUACGUGUAUGGGAUCGUAAUAGUGGACAGGAAGUACAAAAGGUCGAGUUCUCUUCAACACCAAACAGUCUAGAAUUAUCUAGAGAUGGAGCUGUUUUGACAGUUACACAUGGUACAAAUGUAUCCUUCUAUUCUUCGGACACGAUGCGUCUAAUGCGGGAAGUGGCAGUUCCCACCCGAUGUUAUUCCGCGUCCUUAGCCCCGAGUCGUGCCACUUUUGUCUGUGGCGGAGAGGACCUCAAAGUAUACAAGUUUGACUACAACACUGGGACUGAACUCGAAUCGAAUAAGGGUCACUUUGGUCCCGUGCAUUGUGUGCGAUGGUCUCCAGACGGGGAAUUAUACGCUACAGGCUCUGAAGACGGGACGGUCCGUCUCUGGCAAGCCGUUCCUGGACGAGUUUACGGCCUUUGGAAGCGAAGUAGCGAUGCCGCGCCUAUUGCUAAUGGAUUUAAGGAGGUUGCUGCCAACUGA